AUGCACACAAAAAUACAACCACCAACAGCAGCUGCUGUGAGUGGGGGUGCAGGCAUCGAGGCAGUGAAUGAUGAUGCUACUUCUGGAAAUGAGACUGGGAACAGACACACUAGUUUAUUGGCGCCGAAGAAAUGGAAAGAAAUGGGGCGCCCAACAACCAGCCGGGAGAAGGCACCGUACGAGGGACUCAGCAAGCGGACAAUGUUCUGCAGCAUAUGUCGGCAGCAGGGGCACAAGAGGACUACAUGCCUGGACUGGGGAGAUGCCCUGAAGCCUGUUUGUAAACCAGCAAGGUGCAAGAAUUGUGGGAUUGAAGGUCAUAGACGGAACAACUGCCAGAAAUUGGGUGAUUUACGGAUGAUUGGCUUGUGA